AUGGCUCGUUUUGGUGCUUGUUCUUGUUUAUUUGCUUGUGUUGUUCUUGGUCUUUCUAUUUUUACUAGUGCACAAGCACAAGCAAGAGUACUAUUAGUGAAUGGAGAUGGGUUUGUUAAGAUACAAAGGAAUCAGUUUGUUCUGAAUGGCUCUCCUUUCCUCUUUAAUGGUUUCAAUUCAUACUGGAUGAUGCAUAUAGGUGUGGAUCCUGCACAGAGAGGCAAAGUCUCUGAAGUGUUCCGUGAUGCGGCCGCGGCCGGUCUUAGUGUUUGCAGGACUUGGGCUUUCAGUGAUGGCGGUUACCAGGCUCUUCAGGUGUCUCCUGGGGUUUAUGAUGAACGAGUCUUUCAGUCACUGGAUUUUGUGGUUUCGGAGGCGAAGAGAUAUGGAAUCAGAUUGAUUCUGAGCCUCGCUAACAACUUCAAGGACUUUGGAGGAAAGGCGCAGUAUGUGCAGUGGGCUAAGGAUGCAGGACAGUGGGUCAGUGGUGAAGAUGAUUUCUUUACAAACACAGUUGUAAAAAAUUAUUACAAGAACCAUAUCAAGAAAGUAUUGACAAGAUACAAUACCAUCACAAAAGUUGUCUACAAAGAUGAUCCAACAAUCAUGGCUUGGGAGCUGAUCAAUGAGCCACGUUGUCAAGUAGACUACUCCGGAAAGACAGUGCAUGCUUGGGUGGAAGAGAUGGCUGCUUAUACUAAAUCCAUAGACAACAAGCACUUGCUAGAGAUUGGAAUGGAAGGGUUUUAUGGUGAUUCAAUGCCUGAGAAGAAGCAAUACAACCCUGGUUAUCAAGUUGGCACAGACUUCAUCACCAGCAAUCUUUUACAUACCAUUGACUUUGCAACCAUCCAUGCUUAUCCUGAUGUUUGGCUGUCAGGAAAGAGUGAAGCAGAUCAGACAACAUUUGCACAAAGAUGGAUGUGGAGUCACUGGAAUGAUGCAAGCAAAAUACUGAAGAAACCAAUAGUGAUUGCUGAAUUUGGCAAGUCUGACAAAGAUCCUGGUUACUCAAUGAUAGCAAGGGACAAGUAUAUGAGCACCAUUUACUGGAACAUCUACAAUUUUGCAAAAUCUAGUGAUGGUACCUUUGGAGGAGGUCUUGUGUGGCAGCUCAUGGCUGAAGGGAUGCAAAAUUACUAUGAUGGAUAUGAGAUCAUUCUCUCAGAGCAUCCAUCCACGGCUGGGCUGAUCACUAGGCAGUCCCAUGCAAUGGCCAGUCUGAGCCAUAUGAUCAACUAA